GCGCCAGCUGAUGCAGUGAGAGCCCGAGCACUGACGCCGAAGGACGUCCGCAGCUCCCCUCAGGUUGGAUCACUGGUCGAGCGGAGAUCGAUUCACGGCGUCGCAUGUGCUCGCGCGCUCACUUCUAACCUCAGAAAGCCCACAUUUUCUUGAGGUACACUGCGUUUACAUUAAAGCGAUACAACACAAGAGAAAGAUUUCUUCAGCUCCUCCUGCAAAAAUGACGGAAAAACAGCUUCUGAAACAAAGUGAGAGCACUUUCGCUCCGCCAGAGACCAAAAACAGUGAGCGAGGCAGCAAAGUGACCAUAUGGGUUCUGGUCGCCCUGUUCACCGCCGUCAUGGGGUCCAGUGUUCCUGCGGGAUACAGCCUGGGAGUCAUCAACACCCCGCAAGAGAUCAUUCGCAGUUGGUUGCGGGUAACAGUGCACCAGCGUUAUGGCGUCACCCUCACUGCAAGCGAAGAAGUGUCUCUGUGGGCGGUGAUUGUGACCCUCUAUGUGGUUGGAGCCAUCAUAGGCGCACCAGCAGGGGCGACUGUUGCAGACAGAAUUGGAAGGCGCAUGGCUCUUCUGUUCAAUCACUUGUUGCUGAUGGCAACAGCUCUGGUCAUGGCCCUGUGCAAGGGCGCAGGAUCAGUGGAAAUGCUAUUCAUUGGUCGCUUCACGGCUGGACUGUGUUCAGGACUGUCCACGAGCCUGGUUCCUCUUUACCUGUCAGAAGUAGCCCCAGCUUCAUGGAAGGGAGUUAUGGGGGUCACUUUCCCAAUGGGCAUGUGCAUAGGUGUUCUUGUGUCACAAAUUAUGGGCAUGGAUAGUAUCUUGGGUACAGUUGAUCAUUGGAAUUACUUAUUAGCUGCAUAUGCUGUGUUUGUUGCAAUGGCACUUCUCCUUCAUCCAGCACUCCCAGAGUCUCCAGCAUAUUGUUACAUUAAUGCACGGGAUGAAGUGAGAGGACGUAGGGAGCUAAGACGUCUGUCUGGAAAGGAUGAUAAAUUUAUUGAGGCUGAAGAAACUGCUCUUAAGGUCAUGGCUGGUAUGAAAAACAAGGCACAAGAUGAAAGCAGUGGAUGGACCUUUUCUCAGAUGAUCAUGAACCCUAAAUACCGAAUGUCAUUAGCAAUUGCAAUGAUCUUCAAUGCAGGCCAGCAAUUUUCUGGCAUCAAUGCAGUAUUCUUUUACUCAACUCUAAUCUUCCGAAGUGCUGGACUAGAUAUCCAACAGAGUCAAGGUGCAUCCAUAGGUGCUGGAGUAAUUAACUGCAUAAUGGCUCUAGCUGCAGCACCUUUAAUCAAAUACUGCAGAAGAAGAGUGCUUUUGAUGACAUCCAUAGUACUCUGCAUUGUCUGUCAAAUUGGGCUAAUGAUUUCCCUGCAACUUAUCUCAGUAUACCACUCUGCUUCCUUUGUUGCCAUAGGUGCUCUCAUGGCUUAUGUCUUAUUCUAUGGCAUGGGUCUUGGUCCUAUUCCCUUCAUGAUUGCAACGGAGCUAUUUCCAUCUGGCCCAAGAUCUGUCGGAAUUUCUAUUGGAAGUACAAGUAACUGGCUGAGUAACCUUAUCGUUGGUCUGACUUUCCCUCUUCUGCAAGUACAGUUUGGAGAAUUAUCCUUCUCAUUCUUUAUAGCAUCAUCCAUUUUGUUGUUCAUCUUUGUUCUUAGAUUCCUGCCAGAAACACUUGGCAAAGACGAAUCACCAUCACCUCCAUCGUCAUUUGAAUUCAUCAUCGACAGUGACAGCUUGGAAGCACCACCUUCAGACGUUCUAAAAAAUAUGAUUUAAAGGGUAACAAAACCAUCCAUUUACAUUUUUUACUUUAGAAAGGACAAAGAAUAUAAAGCACAAUCUCUUAAACGGGCAUCUCGGUUUCUUUUUGAAUUGUUUAGAUUUUUAUUUGAAAUGUGUGGAAAGAUAUUCUAAGAAAGUUGAAUAUUAAGAAUAAUUGCAAACAUAUCUGGAAUGACUAUUUGAAAUAUUUGCAGUAUGCAUUUUGAAAACUGGAAGAAUUUGGUAUAUUCCAAAACACAAUUGUAAUUGUAGUCAAAAAUAAUGUUUUAUUUUUCAAAAAGAGCAAAAUCAUUGGUUUUCAACGUUUUACUUGAAUGUUCGAUUUGCUUCGCUGCUCUAUUCAGAUUAUUUUUUAUUGAUUUACUAAUUUAUUUAUAUAUAUAUAUUUAUUUAUUGUUUUGUUUUACAGUGAAAUAUGAAUUUAUAGUGAUCUAAUCAGUAAAUGCAAUAUUUCUGAAAGAAAAGCAAUAUAUAUUUUAAACUGAAUCACAAAAAUAUGUUUGUGAAAAGAUAAUGGAAAGAGUUUUAAAGGAUAUCCAUGCAUUAUUAAUUAAUGUACUAUCGACCAUAAAGCAUAAUGGAAAUAGAUCUGUUCUUUUAAAAUAAUCAAAAUAAGAAUGGUAUUGAGGUACUUCCCUCCAAAAGUUGCUGUGCAUUUUAACACAACUGGUUUUGUAGUACUAUUGCAUUUAUAUUUUUCUUGUAAUAGGCUUGUUUGUCCUUUGUAGAUGUGAAUGACAAAUUUUGUCAAUGUUCAAGUGUUCCUGUUUAUCUUUAAUUUAUAAAAAUGACACAAUUUUUUCUAUGA